AUGGUGUUCCCGUCCAACCCCGAGUGCGUCGACCGCGCCAUCCUGCUCGCCACCAUCCCCGACCUCGCCCCGCCCUACUUCCUCACCCCCGCCAUCGUCUCCGCAACAGCCCACACCCGCACCCGCCUCAUCAUCGUCCUCUUCUCCCGCUUCUUCAACAUCCGCCACACCACCCACCUCCUCCACACCUACGACGAGUCCCUCGGCCUGUCCCACACACAGAGCUGGGACGCCGUCCAGCGCAUCCUCACGUUCACGUAUGUACAGGCGACCAAGGUCGCGCAGGACAUGGACAAGGUCCUCAUGGACGUCGACGUCCUCCUCCACGGCCUCAACGAGGACAUCAGCCCGGACCUCGGAAAGGACAUGGACCUGUGCUUCCGUGUCAACGGUGACUCCAUCCCGACCCCGCUCCCCGAAUCCCUCUCCUUCAUCCGCCAGUCAUACCUCUCCGCCGGGGCCCGUUUGUCCGACUCGAACGUGCCCACCGCUGCACCCUCCCCCCCCCUCCCCACACGCACCGCGCGCGUGCGCUCCUUCCUCACUUUCUUCAAGCCCUCCAUCACACCCGACAUCGUGCCCAUAACGGACGUGUACGGCCCGACGGGCUGGGACCCCGAUAUCCAGGCGCUCGUGGUGAGCAGGGAGACGUUGGGUGGGGCGGAGCAGAUUGCCAAACACCGAGCAUCACACUCCCUCCCACCCCUCCGCACCUUCCUCAUCGACGUCAUCUCAGCCACCAACGCGAGCCUCGACCACGCAGACGCCGUCUGGCUCCGCGAGAACAAGCUCAGCAGCACCUUUAUCCGGCAGUGGGUCGCCGAUCGGCUGCUCAGGGAAAGGGAGGACAAGGAAGGGGAGAGAUACUCGAAGAGCAGUUGA